AUGGCAGAAGUUGUUGAAGACACAGCACAGGAAAAAUUGCAAGAGGCAAACGGUCAUAUGGGCGGAAAGGAAAGACUUGAUGGUUUAAUUAGUUCACAGAUGGUUGAGGUGACAGAUGAGAGCGAUAGUACACAGAGUAAUGAGGUUGAGUUAGGGGAAGAGGUUGAGGUAGAUUCAGGUGGAAGGAGCAAUGGUUUAGUUAGUGAGGAAGAGAUAAUGUAUACUACCAAGCCCUUAAAUAUGGGGGGUGAAGAUGUCAGAUCAGAGUUUGUAGAGAGAUCUGAGAUACAAAAAGGCUAUGAAAAAAAGGCUAUAACGACGGAGGCAGCAGUAGCAGCGGCAUCAGCGCGGAAGUCGAAGCUACCUGUAUUGGCCACUUCGCUCAAAGAUGGGGUGAAACGGAACGAAAGGAGUACUGGAGCGUCUCCCAAGAAAGUAGCAGAUUCUGUAGUCAAUGACAACAAAGUAGGGGAUGUUUUGGCUAGAAUUAGGCGUUAUGAGCAGCGAGAUGGGGAGGUAGGCAGAAAGGAUGGGGUUCUGCCAGUUGAGAAAUCUGCCGUAUCGUCUGUUGGAGAGAAAGAACACGUCAUGGAUGAGGUAAAAGCAAUAUCUGCUGCGGAUAGUGUUGGCGAUAGCCCCAAGAAGAGGACGGUGCAUGCAGGGAAUGAUAAUAAGCCUGAACUUCCUACCAGAGGUUGCAGGAGAGAGACUUCAGCGAGGGCAGGGGCUUCUCUUAGGAACCAUAACGACGAAGGAGACAAUGCUUCUUCGGCGGCAUCAAAAUAUUCCGAGGUUCAGCGCACUGAAUCAUCCGAUUUUGACUUGAUCAUUAAUAGGUUGCAUGAAAAUGCACAGGAGUUUAUGUCACAAGAUGAGAAAGCACAGGAAACUGUGCAAGAAGGUGCACGUCAACUAAAAUCUAGUUAUUCUGAAUUCUUGCAGACGAUCAACAAGUUGGAGCAUGUUGCUGUUACUGAAGAUGGUAGGACGGAUGAAGAUGCUGAAAUCUUUGAAGAAUUGACCAAGCUUGACUGGCAGUUUUGGACUCAGGUUGUCAAUAAUUUUGCUUCUGUGGCCAAAAAUGAUUCUGUAAGAUUAGAGCAAGAGAUAAGUAACGGUAUUCCAGAACCGAUCCGGGGCAUUAUAUGGCAACUAAUUUCCAAUUCAAAAUCGAAAGAGAUAAAACAACUUUAUCAUGAUUUGCUACAGAUUCCUUCAGAACACGAGAAAGCUAUACAGCGCGACAUUUCAAGAACCAAGUUCAUUCCUAGUGACAAGGUUGAUUCUCUAUUUAAUGUUUUAAAGGCCUAUUCGUUGUUUGAUCCCGAGGUUGGCUAUACACAGGGUAUGGCGUUUGUCACAGCCCCAUUGUUGCUAAACGUUCCUGAGGAAUCGGAUGCUAUUGGGUUGUUGAUUAAAUUAAUGAAAAAUUAUGGAUUAAGAGAGUUUUUCUUACCCGACAUGCCAGGCUUACAGCUCAAGUUAUAUCAAUUUGAUCGCCUAUUGGAGGAAAAUUCACCAAUCUUGUACAAUCACUUGAUUAGGCAAGGUAUUCGUUCCUCUAUGUAUGCCACCCAGUGGUUUCUAACUUUAUUUGCUUACAAAUUCCCAUUAGGCUUUGUGCUUCGGAUUCUCGAUGUUGUAUUUGUAGAAGGUAUUGAGUCUUUAUUGAAGUUUUCGUUGAUUUUAAUGCUAAAGAACGAGUCGACUUUGGUGCAACUAAAAUUUGACAAGUUACUGGAUUUUUUGAAGGAUGGAUUAUUCUGUUACUACUUGAAAGAGAAUGUAAAAAUGCGUAAAGAGGGGAAGGAGGCUGAAAGUGCCAUGCAAACAGCCGAAAGUGGCGAUUCUACGUCUAAAUCAAGCAUAGUAGGAUCUGAGAUAAUUGGCACCGAAUACGAUGUCAAUGUAUUUAUUCAGGAUGCAAUUCAAGAAGUUAAAAUCACACCAAUUCAGCUCAGAAGAUAUAGUUCGGAAUACGAAGAGAUUCAUCAGUUAGAAUGUCAACGAGAAGCACAGUAUGAAGAAAUGAGGAUCAAGAACCGCCAACUACAAAGGGAAGUGCGAAAAUUGGAGCACGACUACACGUUGUUAAACAGGGAGCAUAUUAUGUUGGCCAAUGAACUAAUCCAAAACAGACUCAGGAUAGAAACGCUUAACGACGAGAAUCAAGAUUUGAAGUCUACCAUAGAAUUGUUGAAACAACACAUUGCUAAUGAGAUGAGAAGACAAUCUCUGCCAAACCCAGACGCAGAGAUCCCCACAAAUCUAAAAGAAGAUUUGGAGAAGACCAUGCAAAGGAACCUAGAAGUGAUGAAUCAAAACCAAGAUUUAGAAGACAAAAUCGCUGCCUUGGAAAAAGAAAUAGAACUACUUAAGGCAAACACCGUAAUCCAUACAGAGAAGCAGAAUCAAGAAUCUGUGAAAAAAUCUCCAACGAGUUUACAUGCUAUUUCACCAUCAAUCGGCAGCUGGACGUUCAAGAAACCAUGGUAA